AUGGCCAUCCUAUUCCCGGGCCCCUACCCGCCCUGGCCUGUCCCCUACAAAUACCCCAAAGAUCAAGUGAAGCACUACAAGACUAGAUGCGCCUGGAUGUUGAGAGAUUGGAGAAUCAACUUGUAUUACUUUGUUGCCAUGCUGGUAUUAGGAGCGAGUAUGAUUGUGACUGUUCUAGUUGGAAGGUCACAAGUGAAUUUCGAAGGCGGGGGUCUCCAAGCGGCUACAGGGACCGGAUUCAAGGUGUUCUGGGGUGCUUGGGGAUGCUGGAUGAUUGCUCAGUGUCUUUGCAUGUGGCAGACCGGACUGAUAAUCAAGCGCGAAGGCAAAAAGAGGACCAAGAUAUCGAAGGGCUAG